AUGAGUUGGUUCACUGAACCAGCGGAGAAGCUACGUCUCGCUUUGCUGAGCGAUCUGCAACCUCUUGAGCGUAACCCAUAUGGUGAAAGUACAGAAGCGCCCAAUCGUUCGACCACAGGCAGCGGUCCAGCACUUACAUUGCAGACCUCCGACGCCGAAAGCACCCCGGGGAAACAACAUGACGCUGGAAUAGUAUCACGACUAGCUGAUUCGUCUACAAAGUUGCGAGCAUACUAUUUUUCUGACACAUGCCGUAUCCUUUCCGCUUAUGAUUCUCCAACGAAUCCACUACGAGAAUCGGUCGCGCGGCUAUCCACUGAGCAACCCGUGAUGAAUGCCUGCUUUCUAUCCAUAUCGGCUUCACAUCCUUCACAGCAACAAUGUGAGAUGAGUAUGCUGGCUGCAAACCACCACACAGGUACGCUUUCAAGUCUCGCUGCCGAAUGCAGCACUCUGGACAAACAGUCCUUCAGACUGUUUUUCAAGACUUUCUUUUGCGAAGGUCAUUCUGAUUCUUCAGCAAAUUCCUGUUUUCAGGGCCAAGAUGACCCACGUCCUCGACACUUCUUCGUCGGAGCUUUAGCUUACUGGGAAGCCUUGAUGUCUUUUGUCGUGGACAACAGCACAGACACGACAGACUACCUCCUACCCUUCCGCGACGACGUGGAGCGGGAUGUCUCCCAACUCUUCAUCUAUCUGUCCAGAAUCGGCUCCCUCGCGCGACAAGCGCACCAUCUACGGCGGGCAACAGCUUCCCCGCAACUGACACAAAAAGACCGACACGAACUUCUAUCACAAGGCAAGCAUCUAGAAGAGUUGAUAGGCCAAUACAGAUUUCCCCGUCAGGAUCAGUUCCAAAGUACAGGUGAUCAAUCUACUCCAGUCCUCCAUUUCCGAUUCCUAGCAAGAUCCUGUGAACUAUCGAUUAUGCUCGAGCUGUGUCGAGCAUUUCCCGAGUUGCUGCGCCGGGACCAAGGGGAGUUGGAUCACGACACUCAAAAACAACAUCUGAGUACGCUGGCCAUAACGAUACUCACGCUGAUCGCCAAGAUACCUGAAACAACUGGAACGAGGGCAAGUCAUAUGCCGGUUCUUGUGAUGGCGGGAAGUACGCUUCAGGUUCAGCGGAUUGAAGACAUGAAUAUCGAUAUGGAAGUAUCCACUGAAGGUGCACCGGGAUCAUCUCGUACAGGUGGACAAUUUGAUAUACAGUUCUGGCAGUUAUUUGUCGAUUCUAGACUCGACAAGUUGGCGACUUAUAUAGGGUUAGAUACAUUGCGGCGGGCAUGUAGGAUUGUGAGAGAAAACUGGGCUCGGGAGGAUCGAUUAUUGUUGUUGAGUAGUUUAUUGCAUGUGCAUUGGAUCGACGUGAUGAUCGAUAAUGGAUUGGAGACUCUUAUAGGAUAG